ACCUUACUUUAUAGUAUUACAUACUAUUAGUGCUAUCGCGUUGUUCCAGGUCCAAAUUGCAGUAUCUUGUUGGUCCAUACCAGCAUAUAGCCGGCGGGUAUAUGCCACGCAGCUGCUCUGAUUGCCGGAUGUCUAUGGAUAUUAGCAAGAUCAUGAUGCUCUAAUAUAUCAAUAACGCUCAUUUCAGUGAUGAACAGCUAUAUUCAUUGAUAAACCUUUCCUAUCAGUUUCGAAAAUGACCAUCCAGACCACCAUGACCGAGAAUGAACCCCAUCCGACAAAGAACGCUAUUUCGAACAAUGACCAAGCCAUUCGAGAUCUGCGAAAAAUGAUCAUAGACUGCUGCCGCCAGAACGGGGGCGGUCACGGAGGCUCAGCCAUUGGCAUGGUUCCCCUUGCUGUCGCUCUUUGGCGUCAUACGAUGAAAUUCAGUCCCUCAAACCCAAAUUGGUUCAACCGAGAUCGCUUUGUCUUGUCCAAUGGGCAUGCCGCUAUACUACUUUAUACCAUGCUAUAUACCAGCGGGUAUGCUGACAUGACUGUCGACGAGUUGAAGCUGUACGCCAGCGCCAAAAGCCCGGGAAAAGACGGCCAAUGGAAGUCAACGCUGUGCCAUGGUCACCCUGAAAGACAAGUGCCCGGAAUUGAGGUCACCACCGGGCCCCUUGGUCAGGGUAUUGCCAAUGCAGUUGGGCUGGCCAUCGCAUCGAAGCAUCUGGCAACGCAGUUCAACAAGCCAGGCUAUGAAAUCAUCACGUCGAGGAUAUACUGCACCACCGGUGACGGUUGUCUGCAAGAAGGUGUCGCGCAAGAGGCCAUGGCCAUCGCCGGUCAUCUUGGACUUGACAACCUCGUUCUAUGUUACGACAACAAUCAGGUCACCUGUGAUGGACCUCUUUCUUGGAUUGUCUCUGAGGAUACCAACGGCAAAAUGCGCGCACUGGGCUGGACUGUCAUCGAUGUUUGGAAUGGGGACAGUUCGGUUGACGAGAUUCUGGCCGCUUUGCAACUGGCUCAGAGGAGCACCUCGAAGCCCGUCUUCGUUAAUAUCCGGACAACCAUUGGGUAUGGAACUGCAACCGCUGGUACCGCGAAGUCGCAUCACGGAACUUACUCUGAUGAAGACGUUGCGCUGUAUGCGAAUGGAGACGGAGCCGCGCAGACGCAUACCCUCUCCGAUCAGACCAUCGAAUUCUUCUCCCAGCUGGUAGAUCAAGGAAAUGUCUUUGAAGCAGAAUGGAAUAGUCUUGUGACUUCUUACGCUCAAAGGUACCCCGAAGAGGCUGGAAAGUUACGGAAACGCAUGACAUGCGAGUUGAACGUCCAGGAUCUUUUUCAACGGAUGAACACACCUCUUGAUCCGCAGGCUACAAGGCAGUUUAAUGGGUACGUCUUCAACACUUUAAUGGACAACAUUCCCCAGAUGCUCGCCGGGGGUGCCGACCUGUGGAAUUCCAACCAGAUGGGAGACCAGCAAAGUCGAAUCCUUGACCAGCAUCACUUUAACGGCCGUGUUAUUCGCUAUGGCAUUCGUGAGCACUCCAUGGCUGCUAUUUCCAACGGCCUGGCAGCCUUCAGCCCCGGUGCCUUUCUUCCUGUCACUGCCACCUUCCUCAUGUUCUAUCUGUACGCAGCUCCGGGAGUACGAAUGGGUGCGCUCAGCAACCUGAAAGUGAUUCACGUCGCGACACACGACUCUAUUGGCGAAGGACAGAACGGUCCGACUCAUCAGCCAGUUGAGGUGGAUUCAUUGUUUCGUGCUAUGCCCAAUCUUCUAUAUCUCCGUCCGGCUGAUGAGGAAGAGGUAAUCGGGGCCUGGAUGUGUGCCCUGGACAUUACGGAUCAACCUAGCAUUAUCUCUCUGGCGCGAGACCCUCCGGGGGUCAGAAUUACGGCUACCAGCCGUGAUAGAGUGACUCGGGGCGGCUACGUUGUCUUGGAGAAUGAAGAUGCUCAAGUUACUCUGGUUUCCUGCGGCUCCGAGCUGCAAUUUGCCUACGGCGCUGCGCACAAGCUGAGCAAAAUUGGUAUCUUGACUCGAGUCGUUAGCAUGCCAUGCCUCGGUCUGUUUGAGAAGCAGCCAGAGGAUUACCAAAAUACCGUUCUAUCAACGAGCCGGCACAUCAUCUCGGUUGAAGCCUAUGUUUCGACAAUUUGGGCCCGGAUAUGCACUGCCUCAAUUUCAAUGGACUCCUUCGGGUACUCUGGAGCCGGAGCCGCCAACUUUCAGAGGUUUGGGCUCGACAGUGAUGGAAUUGUUCGCAAGGUGCAGAACCACAUUAUUACUGCCAUGAAUAAUCCUAGAAUUGCUGCACGCCGAUGGGUCCGGCUGCAGUAG